AUGGCGAAUAUCCACCCCGCCUGCAAGCCCGUCUCAGGAGACUUCCAUGUCCUGAACGUGAUGAUCAAGGAGCAUGUCACGAAGUCCUUCAAUGCUUUGCUGACAUGCAACAUCAAGGUGCCUUACAUGAAGGCGGUGAACUUGGAGGGGCCCCCACGGGCGAACCGAAAAGAAGCAGUCAAGGACGGAAUGGAGCUUGGCAAGAAGUUCUUGGCAGAGGGCGAGGCUGGGGCACGAUCUGUGUGCCUGAAGCUGAAGAAGACGCGCUGGACGCCUCAGCAGCUGUCAGCCGUCGACGAGAAAGACCUGUACACCAACCAUCCUCUUCCGGGCUUCCGGGACAACCAGGAGCUUCUGAGCAAGGAGGAGGCGCUCGUGCCCCCUGGUGAAGGCUGGACACGGCACAGUCCGACCAUGCUGGUGCAUCCCCAGAGCCAAGUGUUCUUCUUCCAGACGGGCGAGAAGGCUGGGAGCUACGUCCGUCGAGGUACAAGCGCAGAGUGGCAGGACAUCGAUCCUCCGCACACUCCGCAGGAGUACGACCUCCUCGUGCGCGCCGGGAGUGCCUCAAGCUCCCGCCGAGGCACCAAGCUGGACCGUGCGGUGAUCCUGAACGAUGUGACGAAGAUCGCACGGUUGGCUCUGAAGCUGCCCCUGAGCUUCGUGGACCGUCCUGCCAGCGCUUUCGCCCUCUUUUACGGCGUGCGCAAUGCUGAUGCAGCACAGUGGUGUGCCGAGAAUUUUCACAAGAAGCUUCUGCCGCGACUCGCUGAGAAGAUCCAUGUCUUCACCACAGAGGAUCUGCAGGGAGUGCUGGAGGCCACGCUGCGGGACCUGGAUGGUGAGCUGCUGAGCGGUCCUGGAUCCGCAUGCAGCCCAUACAGUGGCUGCUCUGCGCUGCUGGCCUUGCUGCUGGGAAACCGCCUGGUCAUGAGCGGUGUUGGCGACUGCCGCGUGGUGCUUCUGGAAGGGGAGGGCCAGGCGGCAAGCGCGACGCCGCUCUUGGAGAAGGCGGCUGGCCUCGAGGAGCCAGAGGAGCAGCAGCGUUUCUGGAAGGCUGGUGGAAUGGUUUCUAAUGGCCUCCUGUACCAUCAGCAGCCGGAACAACUGGACGAUGUCCACCGCAUACUCAGUGCACCGAACGUCUUCGACGUGCUCCUCGCAGACAGCGAAGAGAUCGAUGAGAAGCAGGUAAAGGCUUCGUACCGACGCUGGGCACUGCGAGUUCACCCGGACAAGCAGACGGGUGCGGAGUGCGAUGCUGACAGGAGAGCUUUCGGCUUGGCCUUCGCGCGGUUGGAAGAGUCUCGCGAAAAGCUUGAGGCCAUGAUUGCCGAGGACAUCGAGUCGUGCCGCGAGCUUCGCCGGGUUCUUCGUGCAGAGGUCGCCACACGUGCCGGCGCAGCCGCCUUGCUGGGUGUGGACAAGGCCGCAGCCACUGAUUCUAUCAUCGAGGAGGUGGCAAAGGAAGCCGAGCGGGCCGCGAAAGAGCUAAAGCGGAAGAUUUCGAAGAUGGAGGUGGUGGCGCCAGAUUUCCGGCAAGCCGAAGCCAUCUGUGACGAGGCUGUCCGCACCGUGUCGCGGCCCAUGGCCGCAGAGGCGCUGCCGCGCAGCGAGGCCCUGCUCCGCGAGGGCGCCCAAAGCAGCCGGGCCCUGGGCCUUCGGGAUCUUCGCUUUCCGCGGCCGCUGGUGCUCAUGGAGCCGACGUCUGUCAGCUUUGUGCUCUCGACCAACGCUUCUGUGCGCUUUGCACUUCUCUGUGGUGCGACGGCUUCUCUCAGUGAUGAGAGCUUGACUCGAGCAGCAGCCGCACAUUCCAGAAGGCCCAAGGCCUCCGUGUUGGUCUUCAACGCGCUGUCGGAUACGAGCACUCCGUCCUCGCCGGUAGCAAACGCGUCCAGCGCUUCUGUAUGCAUCAGCGUGAGGCGGUCUGGAAAGGUCGAAACUUCUGCUGCUAAGCGCCAGAAGACUGGCAGCUCCGACACUGUGCGAGUGCGGCACAUCCUGUUGCGCCAUCAACAGGUCCGCCAGGCAGACCCGAUGCUGCGCCGGGACCCUGGCAGAGCGCUGCCAGACGCGGAAGAGCUCGCCCUCAAGACGCUGGAGACGCUCCUGAAGACCCCGAACCAGUUUCCCAAGCUUUGCAGGGAGCUCUCGGACUGCCAAAGCGGGGAUCAGCCCGGGCAGCUCUGCGGAGAUCUGGGCUGGUUGGUCAAGGGGCAGACGGAGGCAGUGUUGGACGAGGCGGUCUUCGCGCUCAGUGUCAACGAGUUCAGCGACGUACUUGCUGGCAGCCGUGGCCUCCACAUAAUUCAGAGGCUAGCCUAA